UGUGGAAAAAAUAUAGCUGCAGAAUUCAAUGAUUUUAAUCUAUGUUCGGAAAUGAAAAGACUUUCCUCAAUUAUGGUAUGUUAGGACAGCCAACGGAAGAACUCUUCAAGUUGAGAGGUGUGAUUUGGGUCAGCAUUCGUGGGAUGUGCCCUUUGAUGGGACGUCAGGACCCCUGAUUAUUCUCGCAUGAGAGCUUUGUUAGUUCAAGAAAUCAAUAUUGCAUUGCAGAGCUGAAAUAUUUCUGCUUUACCAUUAUUGAUGCUGGCUCAGAAGUGGUUGGUGUUUAAUGGGAAAUUUCUGUCCAUUUUAGAUACAUGUCUGGUGUGUUUUCUAAGAAGUUGAUCUGGCUUUCAUAAUGAAGUGGUGGAUAUGUGUGGUAGUCUGUGGAGUACUGUGUUAUCUGUCUGAGUCCAGACCUCAUGAAAAGAAACAUGGCACCCUGUACAAUGACCCUGGCUACAUUGGUUACUGGAAACCUCCUGUCAACAAAAUCUAUGUCCCCGAAAAAGAAACAAAAACUUCAGAAACAAAGGGGGACAAAUCUGUUGGUUUGAAUUUACAUGAACAUGUGCACUCAGAGAAAGGAGAGAGUCAAAAAUCAACAGAAAGGAGUGAUGCAAAAUCUACAACAUUGGAUCCUAAUCACCAAACACAGAAAGAGGAUGUAGAAAUUGAACAUCAGAAGAAACACAAAGGUAAAAUAACCAGUGUAAAACUGACAAUUAGAGAUGAAGGAAGUCCUUCUAAAUGGAGUGAUCAGAUGAAAGAAUUUAUCAGGGAGGUUUAUGGUAGUAGGCUACCUUAUACAGAAACUGAUGUUGUAUUAGACGAUGACAUCGGAAAAGUCAAAGUAACAACAGAAAACACAGUCAAAGAAACCCAGACAUCACAGACUAAGGCUAAACCAUCAACAACAACAGCCAAAAGUCUCCAAAAUCUACCGAAAACAACACGGAGACCCAAAACAUUGUUAAAAGGCAGUGGAAGAACUGAGAAAGAAGUGAGUAAUGACUCAAUGAGAAAAGUUAUUGAGAAGAUUCAGAAUGAAAGGAGUACUGAAGAACAGCCAGAGACGGCAACUAAAAAGGAACAAAACAAACAAACAGAAAAAACAAAGGCAAAAAAAUUACUCAAACAGAAAGAUAAAGUCUCUGGUGUUGUGUCAGGUCAGAAAGUCGGAGGGUCAAAGGUCAAAGUCUCUUCUACCACAGCAGCGCCCUCUACCAGACCAAAUCCUCCUACGACCAGACCUACUCGUGUGACUCCUGUGUCAGAGAGGAAAACACAACAAAGGAAAACUAAGUACAUCUUGUCCAGACCUCAUGUGCCCUGUUCAUCAGAUGGUGACUGUCCCUCAGGUAGAGUCUGUCACAAGAGGUCCUGUGUGUGUGGUGACACUACCCUCUGCUCUAAGCAUGCUCAUGCUGUGUGUGGAUCCAAUGGGGUGGUGUAUCCCAGUCACUGCGAACUCCACAGGCAUGCCUGUCUGGAGCAGAAACACAUCAAGAUUGAUUCCGGGGAAGCUUGUUCCAACCAUCCGAAACCUCCACAAAUAGCCCAGCAGUCUGCCAGGAAUAACUCAAUAGUCAGAGGUAUCAGAUGUGAAUAUCAGGUUCAUGAGAAACUAGAAGGGGUACUUUGGGGGAAACAGAUAGUAACAAGCCAGGCCAGUUCCUGGGAUCUCUGCCUUGAUCGCUGCGAACAACAGGCGACAUGCCUUGGAUUUGAGUAUGCCACAGAUAGUGGUCUGUGUGCAGUCUUUGAGAGGGGACAGGAUGUGACCUAUUGGCCUAACCCUAAAAUGACUUUCUAUGAGGUCCUACGAUGUAGACACAUUCCGGCUGACAGGAAAUGCAGUUAUGAACAGAUCAAGUUAAACUCUGAGAACACGUACAUGAUGUGUGACGUUUCUGUCAGCUUCACUAAGGACAUCAUCACUUGCCAGUCUGCCUGUAGGAACUGUAAGGCAUUCACUUACGUUCAGAAUGGAGGCGUGUGCCAGGUGUAUUAUGAUGAAUCCUGUGUCAAUAUGCUAAACGAGAUGGGCAAAAAUCACUACAUCAAGCACUGUCAUAAUACAGAGACCAACUCUAGCUGCCAUGUUUUGGAGGUGACCCCAGGGAGGUCACCGUACAUGUGCAGUAAGGCUACCAGCACCUUGUCCACCCUCCUAGACUGCCAUGACACCUGUCUUCGUGGACACUGUGAGGCAUUCAAGUUCCUAACCAAUGGCUUCUGUGAAAUUUACUUUGACAAAUCCUGUAUAGAAAUGUUAGAGAAAGGACGAGAAAAUUACUAUGUCAGGAGAUGUGCAAACCCAGAGGACUGUUCUUACCACGAAGUUCAGCUGCCAGUCUCGGCCCCAUGUGAAAUCAGGUCUAACAGGAUCAGUUCGUUUGAGGGCUGUCGGGACAGCUGUGAAGACUGUAUGGCCAUUAAGUAUGACUACCACACUGGGGAUUGUCAUCUCUACCAUCAGGAAUCCUGUAUAACACAAAAGUCCGUUAAUUAUAUCAAGAGGGAUUGUGGUGAUACAAAGGGUGUAUCUACUCAAAGAGAGCCGAUAUUACACAGAGUGAAAAGACCAGAUGACAAAGUACACCUCAAGGCACACCUGACCGUGAAUGAAAAAGAUAAAACAGGUUUAAUUCUGCCAUCAGAAAAACCAAGUGAAAGCCAGAAAGUGCCAGAAAUCAAAGUUAGUCUGGAGAAGGUCACUUCUGGACAAACCACAGAGAAGGGACAUUAUGACAGUGCUCUGGAUCCCAAGACGCUGAAGGAUAAGGUGGAGGAAGCCAUGUUUUCUGAGUUGUGUACCACACAGGAGUACGUCAAGAUGAAGGCGGACAUCCUGAGGUACCACUGUGUCCGAUUCCAGGAGAGGGACUGCUCCCCAUCAGCUCUCUAUGGCAAGAGGGAUUACCUAGCCUCAUUGAUGUUUAGUUACUAUGACAAGAACAUGGACAACAGAAUCAUCCGAGAUGAAUUAUGGGACAUCUGGGUCACUGAACCGUUUCAACGCAUGUUUGCAUCAUGCUCCCUCAUGGAUCUGUUCAGAUUUGAACACAUUCAGGAUGAUGAAAUCCAAGAAGAUGAAUUUCUCAAGGCAUUUGAUUUUGAGUUAGCUGCAUUCCAGGAGGAGUUUCAGGAGGUGCCAACAUUAGCAACAGUUGGUAAUGGAUUGGAGCUGCGAUGUGGAAUUUCACCAUCCUCAGAGAAUUCCCACAUCGUUUGGAACCGACACAACACAGACCUAGAGACGGUGACCUUCCCGGGAAUCGCUGUUUUCUCCGAUGGAACGUUAUACUUUGAGAAUGUUGGCAUCCAUCACAUAGGGAACUGGACCUGUUAUGACCAGUAUAGACCUGGAUUCAAACAAAUCCAUGAGUUAGAAGUAAACAUCCCACCCAUUGUAAAGGUGUCCCCCUCCUCUAUGAUGUUACCUGUGAGUGGAGUGGACAUUCACCUUCACUGUCAGGGAGUGGGAAUUCCACGCCCCACCAUCCAGUGGCAGUUCAAUGACAAGGUCAUCCCUGUGUCUCCAGAUCACUACGCCAGAAUACAUGAGAAUGGCACUCUGAUCAUUAAAGACUCCAAUUACCAGAGAGACUCCGGGGCAUAUAAGUGUCUGGCUACAAAUGCAGCAGGCAGUAGUGAAGACAUAGCCAUGUUAUACAUUCAGAAACCAAACCAGACUGACAAAUUGUAUGGGAAACAGACCACCAGACAGGAGACCUUCUUUGUCUUUCAUCAGACUGGGUACAGCGCCUAUAACCCGAGUGGUUGUUACACCAAACGACAGGUACACAGCAGCUUCGGACACCUGAAAUACAUACCUGAGGAGCUGGAUGGGCCAAUCUAUCUGUGUGACCAGAGGAAGGAUUGUGUGUGGGGUCAGGCAGUCAAUGUCAGGAAUAAAUUUCUAUAUAUAGCUCAGCCAAAUGAGCAUAGGGUGGUGGUCAUAGACUCAGCUGAAACCAUGAACCCCAUAGAGUUUGUCAACACCGAUCAGUUUCCGACAAAAAUAUACUAUGUAGAACAUUUGGACGAGGUCUGGGUUUUAUGCUGGAACUCGGAGACAGACACAGGAAGUAAAACGAUUGUUGUAAUCAGAGAUGCCAGUUCAGACAUCCGUCAUCGUAUGGUUCACACUCAGCCAGUCGGAUACAAGUUUGAUCUGGUUCAAGACAUGUUCUUACCACCCACUAACGACCUUCAUCACAACAUGCAGUAUGGAUAUGUGAUUCACAGAGACCAACACAGUCUGUUUAAGUUGGAGUUGGAAUCUAUGAGGUACACAAGGGCUGUAGAUCUGGAGGUCUUUAAUUGUGUACCACAAGAGAUUGCCUUCAUACCCUUGGGAGGACAUGUUGUUGUGGAAUGUCUACAGUCUACCCCCAGCGGUUCUAAGACCCUGCAGAUCUUAAUUGACUACAUUACUGAUAAACCUGUGCUCAAUAUUACCCUGUCUGGGACCCCAUAUGUGUCUCCAGACUCCAAAAAUAUUGUGACGGUAGACAAAAAAACAGGGAAAGUCAACAUUGCCAAGAUCUCAGGGAAGGGUAAAAUCUCCAAGAUGACGGAAGUUAUAGUUGGUUCAAAGGUCAGUGAUGUGACCUUUUUCCCAUCAAACCAUGGUCAUGGUUACAAUGUUGUCUUGACAUCACAAGAACUGCCUGAGAUCUACUCCAUACAACUGGACAAUGGAAAGAUCACCACACUUAAAGGAAUUGGAGAACCUCAGAUGACCUUGAACUCUUUCACUCAAGUAUCUCGUGCAGUGAUUGGAGGGGAUUAUUUCAGCAAGUACUUUGCCACACCAUCAAAAGACACUCUACUGAUUCUGAAUGGACAAAGUCUGUACACAGAUUGUCAGCUGACUGGGCUUAAAAACCCCGACAAAGUGGCCUACAAUGUGGCAUCUUUAGCGUGAGGGACCAUCUCAAAAAUGUGAUUACAUAAGGGGUUGUCUUGAUAGUUUGAAGUAUCACAACUCAUUUGUAAAUGAAAGCACCAAUCACAUGUGGUAUUAUAUCACAUAUCCAAUUUUUUUCUCAAAUAAGCAGCGUGGAAUGUAAUUCUCAGUAAUAAUUGUAAUUGAUGUGUGAUAAAAAUUUAAGUUUCAGUUUGUGAUGAAAUACAUUUAUCAUAAAAAUUUAGUGUGUAUUACAUGUAUUACAAUUUAUAUUCAAAUAACAAUACACUGUACUGUUGUGGAAUUCUUAAUAAUUUGUAUGUUUAUCUUUGAAAACAAGUGUAUUUUCAAAAAUGUGAGGAAUUAUAAAUUCAUGAAGUGUGAUUUUGGAUGUAGAAAAUGCCCACAAAAUUGAACUGCUGUGUGAAAAAUAUAGUUAAUGAUUAUUAGUCCCACUUACCAUGAUCAUGUUAACGAGUAUCACAUAUUGAUUUUGUAUGUGUACAUAUGUAUGUUACUUUUGUUUAAUGAAUAAGAGUGUAAAAUCAUACAGCUUGAUUAUGUUUCGUAAUGUUAAAGUAUCUCUUAUUAGAGAUGUUUCAAGAAAUCUUUAAUUGUUAAUGAGAAGAAAUGGAUUCUACCAUUUUAGUAAGAGUCCCAUGUAUAGAUGGUACUCCUAAUGUCAGUGACAAUAACUUAGGGAUUACCGAGGAUAGCAAGGUAGAUUUACUUCCGAGUCAGUUUAAGUCAGUGACAAUAACUUAGGGAUUACAGUGGAUAACAAAGGUAGAUUUAGUUCUGUGUCAGCUUAAGUCAGUGACAAUAACUUAGGGAAUACAGUGGAUAACAAAGUUAGAUUUGCUUCCGAGUCAGAGACGAUAACUUAGGGAAUACAGUGGAUAACAAAGGUAGAUUUGCUUCAGAGUCAGCUCAAGUCAGUGACAAUAACUUGAGGAAUUACAGUGGAUAACAAAGGUAGAUUUGCUUCUGAGUCAGUUAAAGUCAGUGACAAUAACGUAGGGAGUACAGUGGAUAACAAAGGUAGACUUGCUUCUGAGUCAGUUUAAGUCAGUGACAAUAACUUAGGGAAUACAGUGGAUAACAAAGGUACAUGUAGAUUUACUUCUAAGUCAGUGACAAUAACUUAGGGAUUACAGUGGAUAACAAAGGUAGAUUUGCUUCUGAGUCUGCUUAAGUUGGUGACAAUAACCUUAGGAAUUACAGUGGUUUUACUUCUGAGUCCGCUUAAGUCAGUGUGUGAUUAUAGAACACAUAUUGCAGCAUAAACAGAAGCUGUUUGGUACAAAAUGUUUCUGGUGUGCUGUGUUAGUUUGUGUUACAUAUAAGUAAGAUCACAAUGUAGUAAGAAUGUAAUCUCCCAGAGAAGAUUUUGUGGCCGUGAGUUAGAUAUACUUGUAGAUAAAAUUUUAAAAAUUGUAAAGUUGCUAAGUUGUUUAUUUUUUAUUUACUGCAAACCUGACUAAGGAUGUUAGAAAUUUUACUAUCUUAAUUAGGUUGGAUAUAUUGUAUGUAUGUUUGGAUUUAUAGAUUUCAAUUUCUUCAAUAGCUCCCAUACCUUUUACACUUUAUGAAUGAUGUGAAUACUAUGUCUCAGAAUUUCAAUGUGGAAGAAAAAAAAACAAGACACAGGCUACAGAUAGAAUUUUGAGUUAUUAUUUUAUAGUAAGCUUAGUUAUACAUAUAUU